AUAGAGCAAGAUGCAAAAUGGCUUUAAAGCAUAACAAAAAUGUAUAUAACACAGCAAAGGGUAUAUAACCCAUAACAAACUGAACGCUAUCUCUCUUUAACCAUUUUUCCUUUCCACAGAAAAAACCUAAGAUCAACGCGGCUCGCAGGCUGCAGCUGAAGUCACUCAUGUUGGCGAAGGCAGCCGUCAUGCUGGAGAAUGAGACGAAAGAGAAGAAAGAUGAGAAGGUAAAGAUCAUGGCAGAGCGGGUCCCUCCUCUGGACUGUGGGAGGAUGUCUCUACAGGAACUGCAGGAGCUGUGCAAACAGAUGCACCAUAAAAUCGAUGUGGUUGAUGAGGAGCGUUACGACCUUGAGGUUAAAGUCGUCAAAAACAACAAGGAGAUCGAGGGUUUGGCUCAGAAGGUCUUUGACCUGAAAGGGAAGUUCAAGAGGCCCAACCUGAAGCGAGUGCGCGUCUCAGCCGAUGCCGUGCUGGGGGCCCUGAUGGAGUCCACACAAAAGGCCUCUCUGGAUCUGAGGGCCAACCUUAAGUCUGUGAAGAAGGAAGAAGAAAAGGAGAAGGAGGUGACUGACUGGCGUAAGAAUGUGGAGGCCAUGUCUGGGAUGGAGGGCAGGAAGAAGAAGUUUGAUUCUGGAGCGCCGGCACAGUAAGAGGUGUUAGAAGAGUCAUUUCCUACAAAGAGAAACGUCCCUCUGUCCUCCUCAGGGUCAGCGGAUUGAAAAGUUGACAGCAUGUAAAGAGAUGAGCAGAUGGGCAGCACUUCAAAAUGACUAGUCUAGCUUUGUUAUAUGCUAUUUACAUGAACAGAGAGUUGUAACUUACCCUUCUUCAUUUUAUUUUCAACAACCAUAUUGUUUCUUCUUUUUGAAUUUAUUCCCCUUCAUAAGCAUUUUGGAUUAUGUGGGCUGUGAGUGCCUUGGAAGGAUUUCAUAUGUAGAUAUUCCACAGUAUUGAUAUACUAUCACAAUCCAGCAUGGAAAUAAGACUCCUAUUGCAUAGCAGUUUCACCCAUUCCAGGUUUUAAAAUCAGCCUCAUUAGGGGGUCCCCCGAGUGGCUCACCUGGCAGAAGCGCAGCAGGGUGAGUCAUACAGCGCAGGUUCACGUCCUGGCUGUGCAAAGUAGGCGGGUCUUCGCUGGGGAUUCUGAAGAAAGCGUUGCAUUGGCUCUGGCGCUUCCGUGGGUUAGGGAGGUAAAACCAGCAGGGACUGUUUCUCCCCAUCCCUCUGCAGUGAAACCUGCUGGCCAGGCACCCAAUGAGCUCAGAACGGACACCUGUAGGACUGGCUUUUGUCCUCCAGAAGUCGGUCGCUCACUGACAUCCACUCUCGAGUUCCUGGGUGAAAAAAAGAAGUUGGCUUGGUCGCAGGAUCGGAGGACGCCCACUGAAUCUUUCUGGUCUCCUGAGAUAGGUGGGGAUUCCAAUAUAGAAUUGGGCAUUACAAAUUGGGAGAAAACAGAGGGAAAAAUUAUAACUGGACACACUAAAUGUAACCCUCAUUAACCCUGGUGUUUAGGUAACAAGCUCAGGUGUGUCUUACUAAGCUCCUAGUAAAACCAGGAACAGAUCAGACUGCUAUGCAACGGGAGCCUUAUUCCCAUUCCUGCAAUGUGUCUUCAGGUGACACCAUUCUUUUCACGAUGAUGCUUUUUCAGCUAGUACAGUUUAAUUACAUCGAGUCAUUUACAUUUCUAACAUGAAAUACUCUGUUACUAUUCUGGCUUUUGCAAUAUAUUAUUUUGUAGUUUCUUUGAUUACACAAUGUUAAAUAAAAGGUCUAAAUUAUG